UAGUAUCUAUCUAGUGUUAAAAAUUAUAAAUAUUUAUCAUUAUUUAUUAGUAAUAUUUAAUAAUUAUCUUUGCCGUUCAGCGAUCGGUUUUGGUCGAUAGUCCAAUUAAAUUACUUACCAUUUGAUUGUUUGUAUUACUGCUUAAAAAUGUCUGAUAUCCAAAUGGACUGUGCACUAGAUCUUAUGCGGCGUUUACCGCCUCAAAAAAUUGAAAAGCACUUGAGUGAUCUCAUCGACCUAGUUCCGAGUUUAUGUGAAGACCUAUUGUCUUCUGUUGAUCAGCCGCUAAAAAUCAUAAGAGACAAGCAAGUUGGCAAAGAUUUUUUACUUUGUGAUUAUAACAGAGAUGGAGAUUCAUAUAGAUCACCCUGGAGUAAUACAUAUUUUCCACCGCUGGAUGAUGGUGCUGUCCCAACUGAAAAAUUACGCAAGCUUGAAAUAGAUGCUAAUAUGGCUUUUGAUCAAUAUAGAGAAAUGUAUUUUGAAGGUGGUGUGUCUUCUGUUUACCUAUGGGAUUUAGAUCAGGGUUUUGCCGGUGUUAUAUUGAUUAAAAAGGUAGGAGAUGGAUCUAAGAAAGUACGAGGUACUUGGGAUUCUAUACAUGUAGUGGAAGUACAAGAAAAAAAUACUGGACGUAACGCACAUUAUAAACUCACAUCAACUGUUAUGCUGUGGUUACAAACUAAUAAAGCUGUGUCAGGUAGUAUGAGCCUGGCAGGUAGUUUGACCAGACAAACGGAAAUGGACAGUCCAGUGUCGGAUUCUUCACCACAAAUAGCUAAUAUUGGACGUAUGGUUGAGGACAUGGAGAAUAAAAUGCGUAACACUCUGAAUGAAGUUUAUUUUGGAAAAACAUGUGACAUAAUGAAUGGUUUACGAAGUGUAGUGCCAUUGAAUGCCGACGAUGAAAAUAAAGAAGCCUUGAGACAAGAUUUAACUGCUGCCUUACAGAAGCGACAUACCAAGUCUGAUGCAAAAGAUUCCACUAAUCCGACUAGUAAUUAGUAAUAAUUGUAUUAAAAAAGAUCUUCCAAUAUUUUUAUGAACAUACUGGACUUACUUUUAUUGAAAU